UCCAGAAUAAAAAAUAACAUUAAAACAUCCAGAAUAAAAAAUAACAUUAAAACAUCCAGAAUAAAAAUAACAUUAAAACAUCCAGAAUAAAAAUAACAUUAAAACAUUCAGGAUUAAACCAGCACACGUGAUCAGAACUCAUCAAUCUACAACCAGCUGUGACUAAAUGUGUUUUCAUCGUUACUACACUGUAAAAAAUAAACAGUAAAUCUGGAAUUUCGCUUUAAAUGUUCAGAUUUUGUCCGCAAUAAAUAAAUCAUGUGGGAUUAAAACAGACUGAGUUUGCACAUCUGUAAAUAAAACAAACUCCUGUCGCCUUGGGUGAUGAGAUCCACCUCCAUUGUGUCGUCUGUGAACUUGACGAUGAUGUUUGAGGUGAGAGGAGCAGUGUAGGAAAAUCUUUUUCUCUCGAAGCGAGUGAAGAAAUGGUUCAGUUCCUCCACCAGGGAGGUGCCAGUGUUUACUUCCUGUUGACGUUACAGUCAGUAAGAUGCUGUAAACCCACCUCACCUGCCUCGGGUUGUUGUCAACCAAGUGAUUCUCCACCUUCCUUCUUCAUAAGUUGCGGGUUCAGGUGUCUUCAUCAGGGGUUUCCGGUGUUUAUAUAAUGUGUUUUCAGGAGUUUUCAGGUCUUUAUCAAGUGAUUCUGGUGUUUUUAGGUGUGUUUCUAGUGUUUUUGAGGUAUAUUUCAGGUGUCUUUAUCAGGUGUUUAUCAGGUGUUGCUGCUGAGCGUAAACACCUCAGACCGUUUACUCUCUGAAUAAUUGAGAGCCAACUGAUAUCAUGCUGCUCCUUCACCUGGACUGAAGCUCUGCCCCCUUUACACCUGACCACAUUAUAACUGCAACACAUGGUUCACACCUGAAGCAGACCAGCCACAACAUCUCAGCUGAUACGUCCAGAGUCUGACAGGACUUAAUAGAUCUCAGUGGACUUCAGUAGCUCUUGAAAGACCUCAGUAGACCUCAGUAGAUCUUAAAAGAUCUCAGUAGACUAUAGUAGACCUAAGUAGACCUCUGUAGAUCUCAGGAUGGCAUCCAUCGCGGCAGAGCUGGCGAGGAGGAAGGCCCGGCUGGAGGACGGUGCCGGCAGCAGGUCCAGCGCUGUUCCCUUCAACCAGCAGAACUUUGAGCAGCUGCAGCAGGACUGUCUGCAGAAUGGUUCUCUGUUCUGCGACCCGACGUUCCCGGCAUCCUGGGACUCUCUGGGAUACAACGAGCUGGGACGCUACUCGUCCAAAACCAUCGGCGUGGAGUGGAAACGGCCCACGGAGCUGUGUUCUGAUCCACGGUUCAUUGUUGACGGAGCAAAAAGAACCGACAUCUGUCAAGGAGAACUGGGUGACUGCUGGCUGCUGGCGGCCAUCGCUUCUCUGACUCUGGACCCUCAGAUCCUGAACCGAGUGGUUCCUCCUGGUCAGAGCUUCACCUCCCAGUAUGCUGGCAUCUUCCACUUCCAGCUGUGGCAGUUUGGUGAGUGGGUGGACGUGGUGGUGGACGACCGGCUGCCCUCCAGAGAUGGGAGGCUGAUGUUCGUCCACUCAGAGGAGGGAGCAGAGUUCUGGAGCGCGCUGCUGGAGAAGGCCUAUGCCAAACUCAACGGCUCCUAUGAAGCUCUGAGUGGAGGCUCCAGCAUCGAGGGCUUCGAGGACUUCACCGGCGGCAUCGCUGAGAGCUACGACCUACAGGAGGCGCCGCCGUUCCUCUUCAACAUCAUGAGGAAAGCCCUGAGGCUGGGCUCACUGCUCGGCUGCUCCAUCAAUAUCUCCAGCUCUCGUGAGACGGAGGCCAUCACGCCUCAGAAACUGGUCAAAGGCCACGCCUACUCCAUCACGGCGGCCGAGCAGGUCCAUCACCUGGGUUCUCCGGUGGAGCUGGUCCGGAUCAGGAACCCCUGGGGUCAGGUGGAGUGGACCGGCGCCUGGAGCGACAAUUCCCCUGAAUGGACCGGAGUCCAGCCAGAGGAGCGGCGGCGGCUUGACCGUCCUGCUGACGACGGAGAGUUCUGGAUCUCCUACCGAGACUUCCUGCGGCAGUUUUCUCACCUCGACAUCUGCAACCUGACGCCAGACACGCUGAGCAGCGACCACCUCCACCGCUGGAGCUACGGAGAGUUCGAAGGCGUGUGGAGGGUCGGUUCCACCGCCGGCGGCUGCAGGAACUACCCCGCCACAUUCUGCUCCAACCCUCAGUUCCUGAUCCGACUGCAGAACGUGGAUGACGAUCCUCAUGACGGCGAGGACGGCUGCACGGUUCUCAUUGGUCUCAUGCAGAAAGACGGUCGCAGAGAACGACGCUUUGGACGAGAACUCAACACCAUCGGGUUCUCCAUCUACCAGGUUCCUGAUCAGUACCGAGGUCACUCCAACGUCCGUCUGGGUCCAGAUGUUCUGCUGAGGUUGGCACCAGCGGCUCGCAGUCAGACUUUCAUCAACCUCAGGGAGGUCUGCGACCGAUUCAAGCUGCCACCUGGAGACUUCGUCAUCGUCCCGUCCACCUUCGAACCGCACCGCAGAGGAAGCUUCGUCCUCCGAGUGUUCACCGAGAAACACGCCCACAGCAGCCAGAUGGAGGAGGACGUGGACGCCAACAUCCAGGAGCCUGACAUUCGACAGGACGACGUGGAUCCUCACUUCAAACAUCUCUUUGCUCAGAUCUCUGGAAUAGGUUCCACGCUGACCUUCUGUCCUUCUGUUUCCUCAGGACUCGCAGAUCUCAGCCUCGAGCUGCAGAAGAUUCUGGACAAAGUGGUGAAGCAGAGAUCUGAUGUUCGAACUGAUGGUUUCAGUCUGCAAACCUGCCGCAACAUCAUCAGUCUGCUGGACGCAGAUGGCAGCUCCACUCUGGGUCUGCUGGAGUUCCACACACUGUGGAUCAAGAUCCAGAGAUACCUGGGGAUCUUCAAGAACCACGACUCGGAUGGUUCUGGUUCUAUGAGCAGCCAUGAGAUGAGAGCAGCUCUGGCUGAAGCUGGUUUCCAGGUGAACAGCGCCGUGAUCCAGGAGAUCGUUGGUCGAUACGCCGACAGGAGCUUUUCCAUCGACUUCGACUGUUUCAUCGGCUGUUUGAUCCGUCUGGAGAUGCUCUUCAAGAUGUUCCGGACUCUGGACAAGCAGAAGGGUUGGAUUCAGCUGGACCUGCAGCAGUGGCUCUGCCUCACUAUCAACUGACUGUCCUGGAGCAUGCUGGGAAAUUUACCUGCAACACCUGAGCUUAAUCUGGAGAUAAUCUGGACUUAAUUUUAAAUGAAUCUGGAGAUAAAUUGGAGUUACACUAGAUUUAAAUUAAACUGGAGUUAAUCUGGAGAGAGUCUAGACUUAAAACUGAAGUUAAACUGGAGUUCAACUGAACUUUACAUUUAGUUUUUCUGAUGUGAAUUUUAUGUUGCUCUGAAAUUAAUCUGAUGAUAGUCUGGAGUAAAACUAAAGUUAA